AUGUGUCAGGUGGGCGAGGACUACGGCGAGCAGGUGCCCGUGGGGCCACCGCCCCCGCCCCUUCAGAGUCGUGAGCAGAAAUGUGUGAAGUGCCAGGAGGGCGUGCCAGUGGUGGUGAUCCGGGCGGGAGAUGCCUUCUGCAGGGACUGCUUUAAGGCCUACUAUGUCCACAAGUUCCGAGCUGUGCUAGGGAAGAACCGAAUCAUCUUUCCAGGUGAGAAGGUCCUCCUGGCGUGGUCGGGCGGACUGUCGUCCAGCUCCAUGCUCUGGCAAGUCCUGGAGGGCUUGAGUCGAAGCUCAGCCAAACAGCUGCGUUUCAUGCCGGGGGUGGUCUACGUGGAUGAGGGAGCAGCUUGUGGCCGGAGCCCUGAGGAUAGAGCAGAGACCUUGGCUGAGGUGCGGUCCAUCCUGCAGUCUGCUGGGCUGCCGUGGUACAGCGUCUCCUUAGAGAAGGUGUUCAGCCUGCCCCAGUCUGUGCUGCGGUACUUCUCCCAGGAGCCUGCUACAGGCAAAAGCACCUACAAGGAGGCUGUGGAUGGCUUCAUCCGACAACAGCAAGGGCUGGGGACCCAGGGGACAGAGGACAGUCCCAGCCCAAACCCUGGGGAGGAGCAGCUGAGCUGGCACGGCCCACAAGACGCCCAGAGCCUGGCAGAGCCACCCACAGCUGCCCAGACUGAGGCUGUGUCCAGACUCUUCCACUCAGUGAGGACGCUGACCGCCAAGGAAGAGCUUCUGCACACCUUCCGGACUCAUCUGAUUCUGCACGUGGCCCGCACCCACGGCUACUCCAAGGUGAUGACAGGGGACAGCUGUACCCGCCUGGCCAUCAAGCUCCUGACCAACCUGGCGCUGGGGCGAGGCGCUUUCCUGGCCUGGGACACAGGCUUCGCAGACGAGCGGCAUGGGGACGUGGUGGUGGUGAGGCCUAUGCGGGAGCACACCCUGAAGGAGGUUGCCUUCUACAACCACCUGUUUGCUGUCCCUACGGUGGUCACACCUACCCUAGACACUAAGGCCCCCGAGAAAGCCAGCAUCCACCGAUUGAUGGAGACCUUCGUUCUCCGCCUACAGGCCCAGUUCCCCUCCACUGUCAGCACCGUAUACAGGACAAGCGAGAAACUGAUCAAAGCCCCCCGGGCUGGCCGGGCAACCAGCCCCUCCCGUCCCCGAUGCCUCCUCUGUCUCUGCACGCUGGAUGUUGACAGCGAGGAUAGUGCCACGGCUUUUGGGGCCCAGACUACCAUAGCCCCCUCCCGGAGGCAGCCCCCUACUCCACAAGCCCAGGCUGAAGAGCCCCCAGUGACUUGCUGCUCGCCAGGGUGUGGGGCUGGGUCCGCUGAGAGGGAGGACCUCCGAGCCUCUGUCAUUGAGCAGUUGUGUUACGGCUGCCGUGUGAACACCAAGGACUUGCCCUCGUUGGAGCCCCUCCCGCCCUACGUCCUGACUGAGGCCCAGCUCCGCGGCCACAGGGCCCGGGUCACGCAGGAGAUCCAGGAGUUCCUGAUGGAGGACAGUGAGGACGAGGUGGACACAGCCUGA